AAUUAUCAUUGAAAUACUUUUUCUGCGACGGAAAUCGAUUAAUUAUAUCCAUCAUCGGGAAGAAAAUAGUAAUAUCCGGGUGAUCAUAUAGUAGGCAUUAACAUAGUUUUUGCCAACGAUUGCGGAGAAUGGUCGGUCGAGCGUUAAGUCCGGCCGCCUUUUGACCGCUACCUUGAUGCCCUUCGAUGACUCGUAAUGACUACCUGCACGGCAUCAUAGUCUAUUUUCUGCACGUAUAAGUGUACGCAAUGCACUACCCGCACGACCGUCUUUCGCAGUGCACCGCGACGUGUCCGUUCGUGAAGAGGUCUCCGGAGGAGUGCAGAUUUUUCCAGAUGCACCCUCGUGCUUUCCAUGUCCUUGCCCUCACACUGACUGCGGUCGUAAGGGCCGGCUGUGACGAUAAAACAAAAUGGUACUCUGGAUUACGGUCCAUAAUCAAGAAUUGCCCAUCGCUGUCCCAGAAUAGCUCCGACCAGGAUGAAUUAUUGGAUAUUUUUAGAAAAUGUGUGCAGCAGAGAGCUAUCGACACCUUAGAUACCCUCCUCGACGACGAUGUUAUUACGAUAUACGACGGAGUCGAUUUAAUACGACUUCGUCCAAACGAUGAAAACAAUACGGAGUAUAAAGAUAAUUUCGAUGGGUCGGAAGAGGAGGACAUCAGCUGGUCGGCGAUCAUUUGGAAUCGAAUGACACGCGUCCUACGGACUCACGCUUUCAAAAUUGACGUCGAUCAUAUAUUUAAUACAGCUGCUAAAGCAUCCGCGCGAAAUUCGGACAAUAAUGUCGUUCAAGGUCGAAAACGCCAACGUCGUAGAAAUUACAUGUUCCCGUUGAUGAUGAUGGGCCUGCUAUUGAUGGGUUCGAUCCUAGUGCCGAUGGGUUUUCAAUUCCUCGCGGUGUUGGGCGGUAAGGCUCUGAUUCUCGCCAAAAUGGCCCUUAUACUGUCUAGCAUACAAGGCCUGAAAAAGAUAGCCACCAGUGGCGUCAAUUAUGGAUUAUACCAUCAUGUCCCGGACGCUUGGCAUGACAGGAGUCAUCAGGUGUUUGAGGAAGAACAUUAUCCGGUAUACUCCGGUAUACCUCCGCGUCCUUAAGUCUUCGCCUUAGUUCUUAGUGGAACGUUUCAAGUACAAGUCAUUUAGGAAAGUUCCAACGCGACGCGCAUUGUACUUUCAUCGAUAUAAAUAUAAGCGGCAAAACGAGACAGCACAAUCGGGAUUGUUUCCUGAAGUUGAAUUAUUCAUGGCAUUGCUCUUGAAUUUUAUUAAUGAUCACGUAUAGCGAUUUGCUGCUCUGUUUUUCCUUCGAGACGUUUUACUCAUCGCCCUACAUUUUACCGUAAGCUGUUUGAUCAUGCAAAGCGGUUUACAAUUUUCAUUUCGUCUUACGCUAUUUAUCAUACAGCGUAUAAUAGAAAGGCGUACUCGAGUUAUCCGCCGACAAACUUCGAAAACAUCUUUGAUCCAGUGAAAUAUUUUUCUCUUCUAAAUUUUUUUUAUAUAGUCUCAAUAAAACUCCAUUUUCAUAGAUAAUUGUUAUUAAUUGUAUAAAUUUAUCAUCACGCGCGCAAAGGAUCGAUAUUUGAAAGUAUUUACAAAUUUGUAGAUUUUUAGGUCGCCGGCACCCACAUGUUGAUUUAUCUGCCGCGGUAGAAUUGCAAAUCGGCAAUUGUAUUACUGAUAGACCCAUAAAUAGACUGUAUUAUUUGCAGUUUGUUCCCAUCCUCGUGACCAUCGUUUAAUCGUAAACAUGAGAGUCCGGUCUGUUUUGUUCUGACAUACGAAUCUCGCACGAGGAUACAGUCUGUCAUAAGAGCGUUGUCUACACAUCUGAUUGUGAAAAAAAAAGAUCAUUUUUUUUUCUAGGAAUGCACGCACGCAAACGGCCACUUAAAGUGCCUCCGAGUACCGUGCGCAUACGCAUGUUUUAAAAUAAUAAUUCUUUUUCGGAUUUACAUGGACGACGCUCAAAGUACAAAUAUCGCGACGCAUCAAUCAUGGAUAAUAAUAUUAAUAACUGAUAUCGUUUGAUUGCACGAAUUCUCUCGUCAGAUGCCACGAUAAUUCUAAUGGCAGAUGGCAGUUAUAUAAAUUGUAUGUUAAACAUUGGCAUUCACGUUAUAAUCUACCGCAAUUUGGUGACAAUCGCAUUUGGUGCGGUAAAUUGUGCGGUUAUUUAUUCAUCACGAAUGUCGUCGGAGAUACGUCGCAUUUCGUAGUUAACUUCUAUGGGAAAGCAUGCUUACACAAUGUCCAUCAUUUACAUCUAAAUAGAUACCGUCAAGCAGAGCGAUCGAUUUUGACGUCUAUAGACUAUCUUGGUUCAAUCGUGUAUAAAAAAACCGAAGUCUGUAUUGAGAUAUUGAUCUUUGCUUCAGGGUUUAAUUUAUGUGUUUUUGCGUAUAGAGGGUAAAUCCAUUAAUAAAUGAGAGAUUAUCAGUCUUGUGUCAAUGCUUAUUUCUGUGAUUGUAUAAAAUAAUAUAAUACAUUAUUACUCUAUAAAUUGAUUUAACAGAAUUUAUUUCCGACGUGUAUAUUUCAUGCGAGUUUUGAUUGGUUUGAACAUUUAUCUAUCAAGCACGGCUAGCGGCCGUCCGUUAUAUGUUACAUAAGAUUAAUUGCAUUUAUACAUUAUUUUAACCAAGAUCGCUAUAAAGCGGCAAAUGUUUACGCGACACAAUAUUUUCACGGUGCAUGAUUAUUUACAGCUAUAAUAUUCGCGGCGUAUACUUGUUUAAAAUAUUAGUUUCGAUCUUGCCUUGGGUCCUCAUCGGUCACGUGAUUAUACGUUCAUUACAAUUAUAACGGUUUUCGUCACGGACCUUGUUCGCAUUCAAUUACACUCCUAGCUCGAGCGUAAAGAAAACGUAAUAAUGCACCUUUUCUUAGUGUUUUCGUUACGGGGAAAAUCAUUUGUAAAGCUUACGGACUUUGCCAUGAGCCACGACUGGGCGACGACUCCUCGCCACCAUCAUCGAUCUCGAUUACGACUUUGAAAUUAAAGCCGGACGAGAUAAUGUCGGGACAAAAGAGAGAGAUAUAAUAUAUAUAUAUAUAUAUCUAGGGUAAAGUGCGCUAAUCGAGCGAUAUCGUUUAACGUCCAUCUUGCUGACAGAAUGACGCGCACAUCCUGUAUUCCUGCCGGGUGCUCUGACUACAUACUUUGACAUGCGCAUGCUGCAUGCACACACGCGUGCAUGAUGACGAACAUCGUUGUAAACAUUAAUAACGAAGAACAUUUAAAAUGUCAACCCGUUCUCUCUCCAACGAUACGAUAUAUAGCUGUUGACGCGGAACGCUGCGAGCUGCGAUAGUGAUUUUCGCAUCUGCAAAAGAAUCUGUCGAUAAUUCUUGUUGUCCCUUUGACAUUCGCUUGCGAUACGCGCAAAGCUUAGAUACAUCGAAAUAUGCAUCAUAAAUUUCGAUAAUCAAUGAUACAGCAAAUACAAAUUUGUUGAGGUUUGAAAUAAAAAAAGAGAAAGAAAGAAGAAGUUUGUGCAUCUCGGAUUAUUAAUUUAUUAUACUUAUUAUUGUAUUUAAAUUGUAUUAUUAAAUCUUCUAUCACACUGAUCAAGAGAAUGAAAAAAUUUUCCUCCUGAAACUCUCUCUCGAAGACGGUCUUAAGAAAAAAUGUUCAAGUACCGUUAU